AUGGUCAAAGUCACAUCCGCCACCCUUCUCGUCGCUGCUGCCCUUGUCGCCGGUCCUGUUUCUGUGCUGGCGGCUGGAUCUGGUUGGGAGGAGUUUGAACUUGAAAGCCGGUCUAUUUCUCCCUCGGACUCGUCCGCCCUUUCACCUUUUGCACGCGAGACAGAAGAGCUCUUUGGGCGCAUUGCCGAGGAACUUGACCUUCGAGAGUUCGAAGAUGGAGAUAUGCAAGGCCUCGUAGAGCGCAGUAAGAUUGGGCACUUCUUCCACAAGUUAUGGCAUGGAAUAAAGAAGGUUGCCUCUGUGGCUCAUGGAGGAUGUUCACGUUGUGUAUCUACCAGUGUGAUCCGCCGGGAAGACGCUAGCGAGCACGAGAUCCUCCUCGCGCGCGGUGCAGCUGAGCUCGAUAAUCUCUUCGAACGUACAAUCGCAGGCAUUGAUGCGCGAAGCCCUGGGUUUGCCAGAUUUAUGAAGUCUGGGAUGACGCAUGUUGAGGCGCACCCGCACGCCGUGCACCACGCGGCCCAUGUAGCCUCCUCACUUGCUCAAGCGGCGUUCAAUAACCGCAGGGAUUACGAGGACCUUGAGCUAGAUUUUGUUGAACGUGACAACCUUGCAUUUGAUGAGGAGAUAUACGGGAGAGAAUAUCAAGCGGAAGAGGAUUUGUAUGGGCGUGCGUUCGAGGAGGAGUUCGAGAGGGAUUUUGAUGAGCUUGACGAGCUUGACUAA